AUGCUUAACAGCACUGAUUUUGAGCCCAGAGUGAAGCAGAGCCUCGUGGUCGCAGGCCCCGUGGAAGAGGAUGCUCGCCCGGACAGGGCCAUCCUGCAACUGAAGCAGCAGAGGGACAAGCUGAGGCAGUACCAGAAGAGGGUCACACAGCAGCUGGAGAGGGAGCGAGCCCUGGCCAGGCAGCUGCUGCGGGACGGCAGGAAAGAACGGGCCAAGCUGCUGCUCAAGAAGAAGAGGUACCGGGAACAGCUGCUCGAUAGGACGGAGAAUCAGAUCAGCAGCCUGGAAGCCAUGGUUCAGAGCAUCGAGUUCACGCAGAUCGAGAUGAAGGUGAUGGAGGGGCUUAAGGUGGGCAACGAGUGUCUGAAUAAGAUGCACCAGGUGAUGUCCAUAGAGGAGGUGGAGAGGAUCCUGGAUGAGACCCAGGAGGCCGUAGAGUACCAGCGGCAAAUUGAUGAGCUGCUGGCUGGCAACUUCACUCAGGAGGAUGAGGAUGCCAUCCUGGAGGAGCUGAAUGCAAUCACUCAGGAACAAAUCGAAUUACCAGAGGUUCCUUCGGAGCCCCUUCCUGACAUCAAUCCAGAAGCCCCUGCCAAGGCCAGAUCGAGGCAGGCAGAGCUGGUGGCAGCCUCGUAACUUGGACUCUCCAGGGACUCGCAGGGAUUCUCUGAGGACUGUCCCAGAGCAUUCGGCUGCGUGUCAACCCUGAGGGCUCCCAGGAGGCCUGAAGGGCUGCGCUGGUGGCUGGAGCAGCAGCUUACAUGGGCCCUGCAUCAGGGCCACAACGCACCCUCGCAGUUUAGUCUGGAUGCACCAUUGUCUUGCUCUCAUUCUGGAUUAGUGGACACCCAAAGCCCAGCCAGGCCCAGCUUCAGGCAGCUGUGGUUCCCACCAAUACUCCUGGUGCUGUUCUCAUGGCUGACCCAGUCCGUGUGACCUGCGCUCUUUUCUGAGGAAGCACUUCAGACUGGGGUCCCUAUACUUCCGACUCGUCUCUGCUGCUCACAUGAGCUGGUGGGGGGCUUCAGUUAAGGGAUUCUCACAGUGCCUGGCCUCCUGCUGUCCCUGUUUCCCUGCAGGCUAGCGACAGAAGCCCUAGGGGACUGGUGUUCUCCAAAUAUCUUGGGACAUCUUCUUUAGCAUUUGAGACUUGAGCCUCUUAUGUUUGGGGGAGAUGGACCAGGGCCACCCUGCUGAAUGGACAAAUCUAGGAGCCUGACUUGGGGUCUCCACAGAAGACAGACCCUGCUCCGAUGGGUGUGUACCUCCAUGGCAUCCUGGACACAGCUGCCAGUCCCUAAGCCACCAAUACCAGGAGGUGCAGAGCUUGAAGGUGACUUCCAGGGUCCCGAGCUCAUCUGACACCGGACAGUCCCUGGUCCUCGAGCCUUUGGGAACACAGGGCUACCAGGAAAGGGCAUCUCUUCCUUAACCCAAAACAGGCCAGCUCCAGUAUUAAAGCUGGCCUCUGCAUGGUC